GCAUUCUUUUUCACAAAAAAAAACACACCUGCGCGCGUGCGCCCGCAGCAUUUUUCCCUCUUCCCGCCUCUCCCCAAAAAGUUCCGCCCAAACUCCAAAUUCCAUCCGCCCCCCGCAUUUCGCUUCCAAAGAAGAGCGCGAGAAAUCCAGUCCAACCCACCACGAUCCUAUCAAUCCAAUCCAAUCGAUACCGCCCUCGUCCCGAUUCUCGGAACCCGAUCCGUCCCCAACAGCGGCCAACGCAGGAGGUCCCUUCUCGGAUCAGAUGGGGAGGCCGCGGAAGACCAAGGCCGAGCCGGAGCCAGCUCCCGCCAUCUCGAUUGGCAACUGCAAGGUGGAGAUCCACGGGAGCGGACUACGGUGCGAGCCCACGGAGCAUGGGCUCACCAUCUCCGGGCCCAGGGGCGCCAAGGUUGUCGUCUCCGUUAGUGGGGAUCAGAAGAGUGCUUCGGGUGGCGUUGGCGAGCGUUCUCAGUUCAUCCUCCUCAAUCCAAGCGAUGCAGAUAGCCAAACCAAGUCACUGCUUCAGGAAGUAUUAACUCUUUAUAAAGAAGAGCUUCCUUCUAUGAGCUAUGCUGCUGACACUGGGAGAAAGUCAGGGUUUCUUGAAAAGUGCACGACUAAUGGGAAGUACAAGACUCUAAUUCUGAUGUCUAGCCCUGCUGCAAAGCAUGAAGGGGUCAUAGCUGCUGUAUCAUAUCAGAUUGUGCCAGCUGACACUCAGUAUGCUGAAAUACCUCUGGCUAUCGUGAGAUCAUCUCAUCAACGUGCGGGUAUUGGCCACCUCUUAUAUAAGGAACUAUCCCAGAGACUUCAAAAUGUUGGUGUCACAAGCAUAUUCUGCUGGGCAGACAAGGUCUCUGAGGGAUUUUGGCUAAAACAGAGUUUUGUAUCUGUUGGAGAAGUUGAUACUAGAGGUAAGAUUCGGAAGAUUCCAGUAAGGGCUGGUAUAAAGCGAGCAUUAUGCUUUCCUGGAGGAUCAACACUUAUGGUUGCACACCUCAAGAAGGGAUUGCCAAUCCUGGAAACAUGUGAUAAAUCCCAGACAUCUCCAUUAGUGCUAGAUAGCAUCUCUCCUGAUGACACUGAUGUCCCCUUAUGUGAGAAUAUGGUCCUCAAGACAUAUAAACGCUGUGAUGUCAGAAAGAGUGCAAAGGUGGCAAGAAAUGAUGCCUGUAAUAAUUGUAAUGAAAGUUCAUUACCUGAGAAAGAGCCAAAGAAACGUAUAUAUGAAAUGUCUUCAUCAUCGCUAAAGUCAAAAAGGAUAAGAUGUAGCAAUGAUGGUGACAAUUGCCAAGAUAUAAAUCAAAAUGAUGCACCUGACAAUUACUUGUGCAGUUCCCCUGGAAAUUCAGUUCUAAUUCCUAAAGAGCAUCGUGCUCCUAGUAUGGGAGUUCAUUUUGAAAACAAAAUGUCUGGAGAUGAGAAGGCCGUUAUCCAUUCUAAUGGUAGCCCUACAAUCAUGCUCAUGAAUAUUGCAGAUGAGCAAAAGAAGGCACGUCUUAUAAAGGUAGUUGAAACACUUGGAGGGUUUGUUACUUGCGAAGGACAUUCGUGCACACAUAUUGUUACUGGAAAAGCUCGCAGGACUAUGAACUUUUGUGUUGCUUUGUCCUCUGGUGCUUGGAUAGUUUCCCCAAACUGGCUAAAAGAAAGCUUCAGACAAGGGCACUUUGUUGGAGAAGCACAAUAUUUUCUGGAAGAUGAAGAAUAUAGGAUGCAAUACAAAUCUGAAGUGAGAGAUGCAGUUAUGAGGGCGAAAGGAAGACCUAACUCCUUAUUUUCUGGCUACACUUUCUGUCUGUCAAAGUACAUCCAGCCCUCUAUUGAUGUUCUCUCGUCCAUUAUUAAAUCUACUGGGGGCAAGAUCAUAAAAAAGCUGAGCGAGUUAGAAGCGUCAUCCCAGGCAAUCUUUUUGGUGUGUGAAGAGGAGACAGAACUUGCGUUGGUUGCAGCAAAACGUGGCAUCAAAACAUUCAGUAGUGACUGGUUCAUGAGCUGUGUCAUGAAACAGGAACUUGACCUUGAGGCACCUCAGUUCACUGUAUCUCUCUGAUGUGGCAGCAACUGAAGUCUGGCUUUUCCUAAGACAUCUCUUCCUUUGGUUCUUCUCGUAGUUUGUUGUAGAUAUGCAAAGUAGUGUCAAGACUAGUUCUUGUCCUGUGAAAAUGAUUAACUGUUUUGAAUGGAAACAAUUAUUCAGGAGCUAUUUCAGUUCUGAUAUAUAUGUUUUUCUAUGGAA